GCUCGGGACUCGGUCCCGGGGCUCGGGGCGGGGCUCAGUGCCGGUGCUCGAGGCUCGGGGCUGCGCUCGGGGCUGUGCUCGGGACUCGGUCCCGGAGAUGGCUGCGGGCCGGCGCGCCCCGCGCACGGGGCUGCUGGAGCUGCGCGGGGCGGGCGGGCAGUGGCUGCGGGUGCUGCUCAGCCUGGCCGAGGAGGCGCUGGGGGUGAGCCCUGCCGACAGCCCCGGCCCCGGAGAGGCCCCGGCCCCGCACAUCAACGGCGGCGAGCCGGGCUCCGCCGUGCCCGAGGCGCUCGCCAACGUCAGGCGUACGGUGCGAGUGGUCAAGCAGGACGUGGGGGGGCUCGGCAUCAGCAUCAAAGGUGGCCGAGAGAAUAAAAUGCCCAUCUUGAUCUCCAAGAUAUUUAAGGGACUGGCAGCGGAUCAGACCGAUGCGUUGUAUGUGGGGGACGCCAUCCUCUCUGUCAACGGGACCGACCUGUCCGAGGCGACACAUGAUGAGGCGGUGCAGGCAUUGAAGAAGACUGGCAAGGAGGUGGUCUUGGAAGUGAAGUACAUGAAGGAGAUCUCUCCCUACUUCAAGAACUCCUCCACGGGGGCGACGGUCAGCUGGGACCCCUCUCCGGCCACCCCGCAGAAGCGAUCAUCCCCUCUCCUGCCUCCCCGGGAGAGCAGGACUGUUCCUCUGAAGAUGUGCUAUGUGUCCCGCAAGUGCCUCCCCACCGACCCAGAGCACAGGUAUCUGGAGGUGUGCUCAGCAGAUGGGCGCGUGUCCCUCUUCCUGCGGGCGAAGGAUGAGGCUACAGCGCAGUCAUGGUUCAACACCAUCCAGGCCAACGCGAACGUGCUGCUUCCGCGGGUGAAGGAGGAGCUGCGAGCCCAGCUGGUGGGUGCUGGCACAGCGGCCGGACGAGACGUCAAGCACGUGGGCUGGCUGACUGAGCAGCUCCCCAGCGCUGGCACCAGGAAUCUCCUGGCCGUCCUCACCGAGAAGGAGCUGCUGCUGUACCCCAGCCUGCCCCAGAGCCGCGACGCCCUGGGCAAGCCCGUGCACAGCUACCCCCUCAUCGCCACCAGGCUGGUGCACUCCGGACCAGCCAAGGGCUCGGCGCUAUACGAGGCAGAGCUGUCAUUCGCGCUGCGCAGCGGCACCCGGCUGGGAGUGCAGAGCCACCUCUUCAGCCUGGAGAGCCCCCGCGACCUGGCGCUGUGGACCCGCCUGCUGGUAGAUGGCACCCACAGUGCUGCCGAGCUGGUCCAGGAGGUCUCAACAGCCUGCACGUGGAAGGGGCAGGAUUGCACCCUGUCCAUCCACAUUGACAAAGGCUUCACCAUCUUCACCACCGAGCCUGGGCUCAGCAAGACCAUCCUGCUUCAGCAGCCCUUUGAGAAGCUUCAGAUGUCCUCUGAUGAUGGCACCAAGAUGCUCUACCUGGACUUUGGUGGCCCAGAGGGAGAGAUUCAAUUGGACCUUCACUCCUGCCCCAAAACCAUCGUCUUCAUCAUCCACUCCUUCCUCUCGGCCAAGGUGACCCGGCUGGGGCUGCUGGCAUGAAGAGGGAGCGGAGCGCUGGGCAGAGCAGCCCCAGCUCCUGGCCAAUCUAUGCACCUCCCUCCUGGCCAAACCCAGCCGUGAGCCAUCCCAGGGAGACCAGAGCCCCUGCGGGAUCACGCUACCCCUGCCAAGGAAAAGCACCAUCUGGCUGGGAAAAAAAAAAAACCAACUCCCAGGAAGUUUGGGGUGAAAUCCCUCUUGGAUUGGCAGCGCUGGGAUUUCUCCGGUCCCUUCUUCCCCUCCUUCCUCCAUCCUGAUUCUCAGCGGUGGCUGGAGAAGCCUAGUCGGAGCCCACUGCCACCGGCCACGUGGUCGUCACCCCAGUGCCUUGUGAGAUGAUAUUUUGUGUACAAAGAACCCGUUUCUAUCAAGGUUUUAUAUUUAUAUUGCCCAGUUAAAAACGCUGACACAGCACUUUCCACCCCGCCUUUCUUGGACCCUCUGGACAGUCCCCAGGUCCUGCAGCACAAGGAUGUGUGUCUGUCCCCAGGACAGACAGCCGGAGGGCUGGAGAUUGGAGCCAGUCUUGUUGUGUUUGAGAGAUGGGAAACGCAGAUCAGCUCUAUUUGCCAAUUUUUCCCAGGCUGUACCGAAUGAUAGAAACCACUUUUCUUUGUUGGCGUUGGACAAUUGUUUUAUUUUGCUGACUCCUGGGUCAUUUUAUUUCUCAGUUUAGGGGGGAGGGUUGUCAGGGGGGCUGCUGGGAAACAACUUCUUUUAUGAACCAAAAGAUUCUGCAUGAAAAUGCCUUUUUUUUGGGGGGAUCAAAUAAACAUUGCAGAGCACAACCAGCAGAAGCCAAGAUCUGUCUCCUGGUUUUCCUUGGAGAAGUAGAAAAUCUGUGUGGGUGAUACCUGGGCUGUUCCUUGGGCUGUUUUCCACCAGAGGAAGGAAAGGUUUUUGCUUGAAGGCUAUGGGACAUUGCUAUGAGCUGAUGGUGUUGGUCUGGGGGUGCUGGAGACCCUGGAGGGGGGUUCACAUGGGGCCACAAAGUCAUCUAAGGUGCCCAACGCUGCACUGGGCUCAGCAGAGAGAGACGCACUGAUGCCUGCACCAGCUUUGGAGAUACCAGGUGGGUUUGAAUAACCUUUGUGCUUUGGGAUGCUCAGUGGAGGAUGAGCAUCAUUUCCAAACUG